CACAAAGACGCCUCCAUGCAAGGCCUAAUCAAGCACCUGACUUGAACUGCAAGACAAUCAAUCUAAAAUGUGAAGAAUUCUUUCUUCAUAACAUGCCUUUGGGCUUUCUUUUAUUACUAGCCCACAAUUUGUAACACAGUGAAGACAACAGGAAUUAGCCAAAAAAACUUGAAAUUGAAACCAGUUACCAAUACUAAAAACCAGACAUGGAGUCGUCUAGUCCUUAUCCCGUAGGCUCACCAGAGAUUGUGGUCUUCGACUUGGAAACAACGGUGCCUAAUAGAGCUGGACAGCGGUUCUGGGUACUGGAGUUUGGUGCAAUAACAGUUUGUCCACGUAAACUUGAUGAGCUAGAUAGCUAUAGUACCCUCAUAAGACCUAAGGACUUGUCUGCUGAUGCAUUGAAGUCUAGUCGAUGUGAUGGCAUAACUCGGGGAGCUGUUUCAAAUGCACCUGCAUUCGAGGAAGUUGCUGAUAAAAUUUUUAGUAUUUUGAAUGGUAGAAUUUGGGCAGGACAUAACAUCCAAAGAUUUGACUGUGUCCGGAUUAAGGAGGCAUUUGCAGAGAUUGGUAAGCCGGCGCCAGUUCCUGCUGGAAUGAUUGACUCUUUAGGAGUCCUGACUGAAAGAUUCGGCAGAAGAGCCGGUAACAUGAAGAUGGCAACUUUAGCUGCUUAUUUUGGGCUUGGCAAGCAAAAACACAGGAGUCUCGAUGACGCUCGUAUGAACUUAGAGGUCUUGAAGCAUUGCGCUACGGUUUUAUUCCUGGAAUCAUGCCUUCCAAGCGUUUCGAAUGCCAAAUGGUGCAGCCCUUCAACAAUAGUAACUCGAAGCAGAAGUAAUGGAAAACUGCCGUGUAGGGAAGAAAAUAGCCGAAAAUCACCUCCUACUACUCUUGGAUACCAAAGAACGGUUCCCUAUACACGAGGAAGUCCGGGAAAGAUGACAGUAGGAGUGAAGGAUUUGGUGUGUAAGGCCCAAGAGACCAAAUCUUUUAACAACUUACUCAAGCAUUCUCGUUCUCUGCUGAGAUGAGCAAAGAAACAAGGCUCCUUCCGCUCAUUUUGCAUCGCCUUCUUUGUGUUGAUAAAGAUGGAUGCAUCAAGAGAGGACAAGAUGUUAGCUUACCAACAUGUAACAUAUUUGGUUCAUCUUGUUUUUCACAGAUAGCUUGAAAUUGGGUGUGUAAAUUAUGCCAAGAUGCUUAAUGGCUUUAAGAUUCAGAUUGGAAGAGCAUUAAUUUAAUCUUUGUAACUAAGAUUAUUUGUUCAUCCUUCAAUUAAUUGAUUUAUUUAUUUUUU